AAUGCAUUUAUGAAUUUAUUGUAAAAUAUUUUAGUAACACUUUACAAUAAGUUUGUAUUUAAUACAAUUAGUUAACUUCAUUAGUUAUGUCGGAAUUUCAGUUAAUGUAGAUGUACACAGUACAGAUUAAAGUAUACAAAACAUUCAACAACAUUAUAAGAAAGAUAAAUGACAAAUAAUUAGGUUAUUUGUCUGAAUAAAAUUCUCCACCAUUAAAAUCGUAAUACAACGUCUCGUUGUAUCCACUCACAAUUUCUAUUGUAAGGAAUUAGCUUUAAUAAGGGAAUUAUGAUUAAUUCACUUAUUGGAAUAAUAUUAUUCUCAUGGCUUAUUGAAAAUAAUAUCGCACAUAUUUUCAGUAUAACUUCUGGGCCAGAUCUUUGAAAAAUCAAGUGACAAGUUUAUCAAAUUAUACCACAGUCAAAUUAUCUUUAAAUACAAACAAGACUUUAUUGCUAUUCUAAACAUAAAAACUAAUCUAACACUUACAAACAUGAAACAGGUUGGUGAGUAAAGUGACAGAAUGUGAAAGAAAUGAUCAGUACAGAGAAAAUGAACUCUACGGUGUCUGUAGAUAAUGCCUUAAGAACCAUUAAUGCUUAAUUCAGUCUAACUCAAUGUGCAAUUGGGUAACCCGAAUUAUAUUAGAGAGACACCAGCACUUUCAGCAAAGUCUGGAGAUGUACUUGCAUUUCCUUGCAUUUCCUUGUGUUGCUUGGUUCUUUGGGUCUUUUUAGAAAGUUCGUUCCAUCGAUGUUUUGGACAUCUGUUAGAUUGUGGAUGGUUUGUUGUCUGUUGCAUCAAUGGAUGAUGAGGCGGCUUUGGAAAUGAGGCCUUCCGCAUGGAAGACUGAUCACCUGAACUCCUGUCACGUGUGUGGGUCGUAGUGCAGAGAAGAGAAGUUCCUUUGACCUUGGCGUCCGAGCCUUCUUGGACUUCUACAUGGUACGGAACAUGAGAGAUGCCGGGGCGAGGCUGCAAGCCACGAGGGCAAGAGCGUGGAGCUGAAGAGGAAGUGGAGCAUGGAGAAGCCGAGGAAGAGAAAUCGAACUCCACUCAGAACUCAACUCCCAGGACUCUCAGGACUCAGGACACAACUGGGGGUGUAAAAACCUGAUUUACAAUGGAAAAACUGCUUGUCUGCCUGUUGGUUAUUGGAAUGGCAGUGAAGGCCCAGAUCUGUCCAAAGCGCUGUGUCUGUCAAGUUCUAUCCCCCAACCUCGCAACACUCUGUGCUAAAAAAGGGCUGCUCUUUGUACCACCCAAUAUUGACAGGCACACUGUGGAGCUCCGACUAGCUGAUAACUUUGUCACCAGUGUCAAACGGAAAGACUUGGCCAACAUGACCAAGCUGGUGGAUCUUACUCUAUCAAGGAAUACAAUAAGCUACAUCACUCCACAUGCAUUUGCAGACCUGGAGAACCUACGCGCCUUGCAUCUUGACCACAAUCGGUUGACGCGAAUAGCCAACGACACCUUCAGCGGCAUGUCCAAGCUGCAUCACCUGAUUCUGAACAACAACCAAUUGACCCUCAUCCACAUGGGAGCCUUUAAUGACCUACUAGCCCUAGAAGAACUGGACAUAUCUUACAACAACCUUGAGACCAUCCCUUGGGAAGCCAUUCAAAAGAUGACCAGCCUACAUACUCUUAGCCUGGACCACAACAUGAUCGACUACAUUCCUGAGGGGACCUUCUCCCUCCUACAGAAGCUGAAUCGCUUGGACGUGACCUCCAACAAACUCCAGAAACUUCCACCAGACCCGCUUUUCCAGCGAGCACAGGUUCUGGCUACGUCUGGAAUUAUGAAUCCCUUUUCUUUUGCCCUGAGCUUUGGAGGAAACCCAUUACACUGCAACUGCGAGCUUCUGUGGCUUAGGCGACUCAAUCGUGAGGACGAUUUAGAAACCUGUGCCACACCCUUGCACCUCUCUGGACGCUACUUCUGGUCCAUUCCUGAGGAGGAGUUCCUCUGUGAGCCGCCUCUCAUCACCCGCUACUCUCAUGAGAUGAGGGUUCUUGAGGGCCAGAGGGUAGUGUUGAAGUGCAAAGCCAGAGGAGACCCUGAGCCUGCCAUUCACUGGAUAUCUCCCGAGGGGAAGUUAGUUGCAAACUCAUCACGUACAUUCGUUUACAACAAUGGCACACUGGACAUCCUGAUAAGCACAGUAAAGGACACAGGUUCUUUCACAUGCAUUUCCUCAAACCCCGCUGGGGAAGCCCACCAGAUUGUGGAGCUGGUCAUUAUCAAGCUUCCACACAUUAGCAACAGCACCAAUAACAUUCAAGAGCCAGACCCUGGUUCCUCUGACAUCUCCACGUCUACAAGGGCUGGAGCAAAUGGUAGUAACCACACUGGCGAUGCUAAGACCAGCCCUGAUAAGAGGGUGGUAAUAGCUGAAGCAACUUCAUCCACUGCACUCAUCAAAUUUAACUUUCAGAGGAAUAUACCUGGAAUACGCAUGUUUCAGAUUCAGUAUAAUGGAACCUAUGAUGACUCCCUUGUUUACAGAAUGAUUCCCCCAACGAGUAAGAACUUUCUGGUGAAUAAUCUGGCUGGUGGGACUCAGUACGACCUCUGUGUGCUGGCUAUUUAUGAUGAUGGCAUCACCUCUCUGACGGCUACGCGUGUUGUAGGCUGCGUGCAGUUCACCACUGAGUCUGAAUAUAUGCGCUGCCACUUCAUGCAAUCCCAGUUCUUGGGUGGCACCAUGAUCAUCAUCAUUGGAGGCAUAAUCGUCGCCUCUGUCUUGGUCUUCAUCAUCAUCCUCAUGAUUCGCUUUAAAGUGUGCAACAGUGGCGACACUACCAAAGGUACCUCAGUCAUCGAAAUGCACUCACAAACCAACGGGGCGCAGUCACAGGGCUGUACCAUCACACCCUCUGUGUCCAAGCAAGGUGCUUUGAGCUUAGAAGGAGGCGAUGGUUGCCAAAAGAGCUCUGCGCCUCCACCUCCUCCUCCCGAUUCCCAAACCCACAUUUCGGAGACCUCCGUCCCGGACUGCUCCACCACCACUUCCGUGGAAAGCCAGAGCUGGACAACACGCGGCUCUUCAGGGUCACUUAAGCCAAAGCGCAAACCAGCGCCAAAGCCCGUUCCUGCGGCCAGCACUGAGCCCAAGGUGGAGGCGCUACCCAACGCAGAGACGCAAAACACGAACCGCAACAACUCCACCGCCCUGCAGCAGCACCUUCUACCUGCCCCCACCCCUACACCUACACCCCCGUCCUGCUUCAAAGACACCCCAAUCUUGAGGAGAGCACACCCCACUGUGUCCAAGUAUAUGACACUGCCUGUCGAAAGAGUGCGGGCUAAACGCAGGUACUCUUUGAACGAGAACCUCUCAAAACAUCACUGCUAUAUUGGCUCACAGAAGUUCGGGAACACGUUUUGCAAGCGGAGUAUGUCCAUGAAUGGAAUGCUAGUCCAAAAGGAAAACUCAGCCGAGAAAACCACAUUUUCCAGUUCAGAGUGGAUUCUAGAGAGCACGGUGUGAAUGUACGAUGCAGAAGGAGUGCCUGCAUCUCACACUUUUGUCUUCAUUCAUUGUUUAUGUGUGUAUGUGCAAAUAGGCAAAUGCAUUGGCCCCAUAAAAUAUUUGGAUAUUUAAAGGGAUAACUCACCCAAAAAUGAAAAUUAUGUCAUCGUUUACUCACCCUCAUGGCUUUUCAAACCUGAAUGACUUUCUUUCUUCUAUGGAACACAAAAGGAGAUCCUUAUUCACUUUAAUUGUGUGGGAAAGAGCAGUGUCAACAUUCUUCAACAUUUUUUCUCGUGUUGAAAGAGAAGUGAAAAGAAAGUAAGCUAUUAGAGGUUUGGAGCAAGAUGAUGGUAAGCAAAUGACAGCAGAAAGAUCUCUUUAAACUUCAUUGCAUUUUAUAGCAAAGUAUCAAACCAAGUGGCAUCUACAAUGAAAAGAUGCUGAACAUUUUCUCAGAACUAACUUUAGUCAUUUUAUAAUUACUAAACCAACUGGUCCCAGGGUAACAUUUAGUAGAUGUUCCCCUCAAGUACACAAGAGUUGCUAGCAGAGUAAACACAAGUGUAGUUUAUCACAUUAACUAUGGACAUGUUCCACUAAGAUGGUCAACCUGAAAAUGUAUUUGUAAUAUUUGUCUUAAUUCUGGACACCAUAUCUAUUUAAAACCUAACAAACUUCGUGUGUGUGUGUGUGUGUGUGUGUGUGUGUGUGUGUGUGUGUGUGUGUGUGUGUGUGAAAUGUUUUGCUUUAAAAGUGUGCUUAUGCCAUCUCUAUUUAAGGGUCAGUGUUAUUCAAAUGUUAUUCAAAAAAAUUUAAAUAAAUAAAAAUAAACAUUAAAAAUGUAGCUCACACAAAACAUUGACUUGAAUACACCUGUACUAUGAUGAACAUGUUUUCAAUUACUAAGUAAUUUAUAUAUAUAUAGAGAGAGAGAGAGUAGUGCAGAAAAAUAUUUUAUUAUUAUUUCUUAAAACGUUUGUCCACAAAAUUAGUCAUGCGGUUUAACCACCAUGUAGGUUGCCAUUUUGUUGUCAUGUGACCAAAUUUUAAUAUAUAUUAUUUUAAUUGCCUUUUAAUUUAUUUUAAUACCUUUUACUUGCUGGUUACACCACAUGACAUUUUUAAAGUCAUUACAUCAAUUUUCUUUUUCUUUUUUUUUGUAAAAAAAAUUAAAUUUUUGUUCAAUAAAUGUACAAAACUAAAUCGAACACAAAGAUUACAUUUCUAAGAACUUGACACAUUUUAAAUUAGAUUUUUGAAAAGCUUUUACAUUUUUAUCACCGCAAUAACCUUAUUUCUCAGUGAUCCUUAAAAUGAAUAAUGGUUUGAUAUUAUGUUAUCCAAUGCAAUGACAUUCAAAUUUUAACUGUGGCUUAAGUUUCCAAAUACUUUUUGGGGCCACUAGAAGUCUUUCUUUCUUUCUCUUUCUUUCUUUCUUUCUCUCUCUCUCUCUCUGUGUGUUAGUGUGUGUGUGUGUGUGUGUGUGUGUGUGUGUGUUAGUGAGUGUGUGUGUUUGUGUGUGUGUGUGUGUCAUAUUUUCUGCUGUCAUUUUUAUUUUAUUUUUUCUGGAAAAACCCAUGGAUAAUCCGGAUGUUUGCCUUGAGGGAGUCCACUCCAAGGUCUCCCUUCUCUGAAGGUGGUAACUGCUCUAAUUGAGCUCCACCACCAAACCAACCAUAAUCAGAGAAAGAACUUCACCUACACAUUUACUACACAUUUUGAGCAUCAUGGUAUGAGGAGAGCAUUGGUGCCUUCCUUUGUCCUCUUGCCAGGGGCUCCUACUGUCUCUUUCUAGAUCAUUUGGAUGGAAGGAAACAUGAGAGAUUUCACACAAAAGCCUUUCUAUUCAAGGAAAUGACAUUUCCUGCAUAAUAUAGAAAAAAACUCUAAAAACAAGUAUAUAAAGACUUGAUACUGACCUGUUAUUAAAUUGAUAUUUUUUAAAAUGAAAGCUUUUUCUUUUGAGUGACAUUGAUUUUGCCUUUGUUUUACGGCACAAAAGAUACAUGUACAGAAAGACAACAUCUGCUGUGUUCUUAUGUUGUGUAAAAUAAUAAUAAAAAAUUAAACAAG